UCCCAUUAAUUUAUAGAACUGUGUAAUCCUAAUGGAUUGAAAUUUAAUAUGCAAUUCAAAUACACACAUCUUAAAUUUAGGCCUUAAUAAUUUUUGGAUUUUGUUUUUGUACUGUUUUGUAUCGAUAAAGCAGAACAAUAUUUACAAUACACAUCAAUGUAUUGCAUUUAACAAUUUCCAUUUACUUGUAAAUGUAUAUCCAGUUUUAUUUAUUUUUUUCAAAACUUUAUGUUUGGGAUAUAAACUAAUUGGAGUUUAAACAGUUCAGAAUUUAAAUGUCUUUCUAUGUUUCCUGCACAAUCCUUUCAUAACAGACUCGAGACACGUGUCUUUUCUUUAAUAAAUGGUUUGUUUCUGCUCACUUUUUUUCCUGUUAUGAAAACAAAGACCACUGAUCUAUCAGAUCUUUGAAAAGGUCACACCAGCAGACGCAAAUGAAGAGGCUGUAUUUUUACCCUUUCUCUCUCUCUCAUCUGCCUCUCUCUACUGGCUGCUGGUCACGGGAUGGAGGGAUCAGAGAUGAGGGCAGUCAGGAGGGGUGUAAGUAUAAAAGAGUUGGCCAGGGGGCAGCACAGGGGGGCACUACAGUACAGGAGAAAGACAAAGUGUGCGAGAGAAAGAGUGGGGCAGAAAAGAGAGAUCGGAUGAUAUAAGAAUGUGGAAGAGUGUGUGUUUAGUGCUAAUGUGCGUUGUGCUGACGCAAGCUCAGUUCCCACGUCAGUGUGUGACACCAGAAGGUCUGCGGAGUGGCACCUGCUGCCCAUCACCUGCUGGACUGCCCAAUGAUGAGUGUGGAUCCAGUACUGGGAGAGGUCAGUGUGUGUCAAUUGCUGCUGACCGCCGCCCACACGGGCCUCAGUAUCCUCACGAUGGGCGUGAUGAUAGAGAACGAUGGCCACUGAGGUUCUUCAACGGGACCUGCCAGUGUAACGGAAACUUCAGUGGAUUUAACUGUGGGCGAUGCCGACAUGGCCUGACAGGGCCAAACUGUGAUCAGAGAGCCACCGUGGUGCGUCGUAACGUCAUGCAGAUGUCUGCAGAUGAGAAAAGAGCCUUUGUGAAUGCCCUGGACCAGGCUAAAAGAACCGUCCAUCCUGACCUGGUCAUCUGUACCCGUCGCUAUCAGGAGAUUUUUGGCCCUGAUGGAGCUAGUGUACAGUGUGAGAACAUCACCGUUUAUAAUUACUUUGUCUGGACCCACUACUAUUCGGUCAGUAAGACUUACAUGGGUCCAGGCCAGCAGAGCUUCGGAGGUGUGGAUUUCUCUCACGAAGGACCGGGAUUUGUCACCUGGCACCGGUAUCACCUGUUGCAACUGGAGAGAGACAUGCAGGACAUGCUGGGGGACCCGUCGUUUGCCCUGCCGUACUGGAACUUUGCAAUAGGAGGCAGUGAGUGUGAUAUCUGCACUGAUGACCUGCUGGGAGCCAGAAGCAGCUUUGACACCAAUGGCAUCAGUUCCAACUCUGUGUUCUCUCAGUGGAGAGUCAUCUGUGAGAGUGUGGAGGAGUAUGAGACACUGGGGACCAUCUGCAACAGUACAGAGACAAGUCCAAUCAGAAGAAACCCUGCUGGUAAUGUGGCUCGACCCAUGGUUCAAAGAUUACCAGAACCACAGGACAUCACUGACUGUCUAGAGCUGAACACUUUUGACACGCCACCAUAUUACUCGACUUCUUCUCAGAGCUUCAGGAACACUAUUGAGGGUUACAGUGCUCCCCAGGGAAACUAUGACCCAGUAGUCAGGAGUCUGCACAACCUGGCUCAUUUGUUUCUCAAUGGCACAGGUGGACAGACUCACCUGUCACCAAACGACCCCAUCUUUGUCCUGCUUCACACCUUCACUGAUGCCAUCUUUGAUGAAUGGCUUCAGAGACACACUGUUGCAGGCACAGUGGUCUAUCCUGAGGAAAAUGCUCCAAUUGGGCACAACAGGGCGUUCAAUAUGGUUCCUUUUUGGCCACCAGUCAGAAAUGCUGAAAUGUUUGUCACCGCCCCAGAAAAUCUGGGCUACACCUAUGAGGUUCAGUGGCCAACUCGGUCAUACACUAUUUCAGAAAUCAUCACCAUAGCCAUUGUUGCAGUGGUGCUUGUUGUGGUUGUGGUGGGCGGAGUCAUCGGGUGUGCUGCUCGGGCAUGUUCUUACCGCUCAGCUGAGGGCCUGGAGCCACUGCUAGGGGAACAGUUCAGGCAUUACUCAGAGGAUGAGCGGCAUGCUUCUCAGUCUGUGGUGUGAUUUAGAAACUCAAAAAAAAAAAACAUUUUGUGCUCCUCUUAAACAUUUUUAUUUUGUUGCACUGUGCACCCACACUGUAGGCCUACUGAAGGAGUAUGAAUUAUGAAUUAUUAGCAUUCAGAAGCAUUGUUAAAGUUUUGUUGACACAGUGGCUUAAUUUAUGACUAUUUAUUUUCAGAUUUUUCAUGUCCCUUGAGACACUGAGAAUACAGUCAUAUGUGCCUAUAAGCAUUUUUUAUGUCUAAUUUUAAGCUGAUGCACUGCUUAUAAAUGCCCUAUGAACACAUGACUUAAGUUUAUUGUACAGUGUGACCUAUUUUAUAUUACUCAAAAAGUCAUUUCAAAGAGUUUCGACAUGCAUGAAUAUUGCAAAAUAAAAUUUUAAAUAAAUUGUA